AUGCUUAUUGGGCUUUGUGGAGGCAUAUGCGCCGGAAAGAGCGCGAUCGCCACCUAUCUGAUCGAGGAGCACCGCUUUCGACGCAUCUCCCUGGCCCGCACCGCGUCCACCCCAGCCGUCAAAAAAUCCGCCUCCAACGCACAUGUGCCUACUCCAGAAUACAAUACCGACGACGGAGACGCGUCAUUUCCCGACGUCGACGCGCUGCUUGACUUUGUGACGCUACGAUGGCGCGAGCAUUGGGUCACGACUGAUAUAUGGGACGAGAGCGUUGUCGAUGCCCUUAUGAGACGCCCUUUCUUCCUCCUUGUCAGCGUAGAAGCACCAGUCAGCAUUCGAUGGGAGAGAUUUCGAUCUCGCUGCGCAUCUCACAAAUUGACCCCACCACUUCUUGGAGAGUUCGUCCUUAGAAAUGACGCACAUCUAUACACCCCUAUUACUGGCCUGGCACCCCUGCUCCACCGCGCCCAUGUCAAGCUCCUAAAUUCUACCACUUCUUUAGCCUCCCUGAAGACCUCCUUGGCAGCCCUUGAUCUACCAAACGAGUCACGUCUACGGCCAAGCUGGGACCAGUACUUUAUGCAGCUGGCAGAUUUGGCAGCUCAUAGAAGUAACUGCAUGAAGAGACGCGUUGGAUGUGUCUUGGUGCGUGAGAAAAGGGUGAUUAGUACUGGGUACAAUGGGACACCUCGUGGGCUAAGAAAUUGCAACGAGGGAGGAUGUACGUGCACCCGAUGUAACGAAGGCUCCCACGCUGGGGCAGAUCUAGGCACUUGUUUGUGCCUGCAUGCGGAGGAGAAUGCCCUCCUCGAAGCUGGCCGAGAUCGAAUCCGCGAAGACUCCAUCCUGUACUGCAAUACCUGCCCUUGUCUGACUUGCACGGUCAAGAUAACUCAAGUUGGCAUCAGUGAAGUUGUGUACAAUCAAGCUUACAGCGUCGACACUAAAGCCGCCUCAAUCUUCGCUGCAGCGGGGGUCAAGCUGAGACAGUUCUCUCCUGUAAGCUCCCAAGAACUUGUCCUAGUCCGUAGCUUCCCUCAUAUGUGUUUACAGACGUCUAAUUCUUAUGGUUAG